AUGCUGAGAAGAACAAAUGAUGGAACGAAAGAAAUUCUUCACGCCACUUGGCUGAGUCUGUGCAACAACUUGUCUGAAGAGCAACCCACAUACGAUCAGAGAGAUGCAUCAAAACAGGAGGAGACGGUCCUCGACGUUUUUACGAUCACAAGAACCGAUAAUAUCAUUUCCAGAAAGCAAGCCGAGAAUAUACAACGAAUCCUUCGAACGUUGAUGGCGAAUAUUGAAGAGAACGUGGCACAAAUCACUCUGUGGCAAAAUCGAGAAAAAGAUCGCCUGGCAGAAAGACCGCGAUGGACGUUCCAAGACGAAAGCCGUUUCCGAGUCAUAAUACACAAGCUUCAGGUUUCAAAUGAGCAUGCAAUACGGGAGCUCAAUCGCCUUCAUACCAAGAUCUUCAAGCUGGAGGAAUCGCUCGUCAAGAAACUUGAGAUGAUACGCAGUGACCUUGAAGAACGGCGGGGAGGCGAAACUCAACUUUUCACCUGGGUUACUGUUGUAUUCCUGCCUCUUGGAUUUGCCACCGGAGUCUUCAGUAUGAGCGAAGCGCCUACCAUUCAAACACUACACAGCAUGAUUGUCACUGCAGUCGUCGCGUUUGUAAGUAUUGCGCUGCUGGGGCCCGUUGUCAAGACUAUCAUCUCUGCUGAUCUUAUACGACAACCUGACUUUACAAACUGGAAUCGGAAGGAUUGGUCAGAUUGGCAAAGGGAUCUUAGAGGGACAUUAAAAACUCCUUGGGAGGCCUCAACGUACGUCCAGUUGCAAGUGGUCGUGGACAGGUGGAAAGCGGGGCUGAGAGGGAUAGGGCGCAAAAUCUGGGAUGUACUGAAACGCGUAUGCAAGAUGAUGGUGGAUAGGUGGGAACUAGAGUUUAAGGCCAGAAGAAGGCGUAGAGACUUCACACCGAGAGCCGAAGACGUUGAGGGACGAAGACAGUAA